UUUUUUGGACCCAGCAAAUCCCCAUUUACUUUAUCAGCCCUACACCCUCCCCCUAAACCCCUCUAUUUAUUCCCCCUUCUUCCUCUCCCAUUUUCCUCAACUCAACCCAACACAACUCAACUCCCCUCUUUCUCUCUCUUCCUCUGUUCACAAAUGAAAAUGGCAGCCGGUAAAAUUCUCUUAGUCGGCAUUCUGACAUUGUUGACAGUCGCUGACGCUUAUGGUCAUGGUGGAGGAGGAGGAGGCUGGAUCAACGCUCACGCCACUUUCUACGGUGGCGGUGACGCUUCUGGCACCAUGGGAGGAGCGUGCGGUUAUGGAAAUUUAUACAGCCAAGGGUACGGAACUAACACGGCAGCACUAAGCACAGCAUUAUUCAACAAUGGGUUAGCUUGUGGGUCGUGUUAUGCAAUUAGAUGUGUUAAUGACCCCAAAUGGUGUCUUCGAGGCACAAUUGUGGUCACUGCUACUAAUUUCUGUCCACCUGGCGGGUGGUGCGACCCUCCUAACCACCACUUUGAUCUCUCUCAGCCUAUUUUCCAGCACAUUGCUCAGUACAGAGCUGGUAUCGUCCCCGUCGCUUACCGGAGGGUGCCUUGCAGGAGAAGCGGUGGGAUAAGGUUCACAAUCAAUGGUCACUCAUACUUCAACUUGGUGUUAGUGACCAACGUUGGUGGUGCAGGAGACGUCCAUUCAGUUGCAGUUAAAGGGUCAAGGACACGUUGGCAGGCAAUGUCAAGGAACUGGGGGCAAAAUUGGCAAAGCAACAAUUACCUCAACGGGCAGUCUCUCUCCUUUAGGGUCGUUACUAGUGACGGCCGUAGCGUUGUGUCCUUUAACGUUGCCCCGGCCCAUUGGUCUUUCGGGCAGACCUACUCGGGUGCCCAAUUCCGCUGAGGCCCGAAAAAGAGAAUCCUGAAUUGACGGUCGUGCCCUUUUGUUUAAGGCUCUAGUAAUGUUAAAUUAGUAUAUAUACGUACACGUACUCUAUAGUUUUAGGGUUUGUUUACUUAGGCCAGUAUUUUAAUUGGCCAAGGUUUACCACAUUACUUUUUCUUGGGGUUUAAAAUUGUAAAGACAGCUUAUUUUACGAGGCGUCUUUCCAAAACUACCCCUGUUACUAUAUUAGGUUACCCUUUAGUUGAAAACUUGAGAGUGACCUUUGUAAGUUGUAACUGUUUUAAGCAGCAGCUUGGCAGAGGUGAAUUUUACCACCCGCCUUUAGUAACUUAGCAUAUUUUGGUUUUUUUUUUAGUAUGCUAUUUGAAGCAAUUAGGUAAUAUUGGCAUUUAAGUUUGGAAUUUCAGAUUGUGUAUGAGGUGUGCUUAUUGGAGUUUUAAUAUUAAGCAAUUAUUCAA